CCCACACCUCGACGCUUCUUCCUCCGGUUGCCCCUCCUACCCCUCCUGCCCCUCCUUCACCUCCAACAUAUCUCGACUUCAAUCCGUGCGUUUCCCGGCAUAUCCGGGGUUGGCUUGUGUCGUCGUCGCUUCAAACCACCAUCUUGGUCUUUUUAGACCUGGUAAAGUCACUUCACUCCCUCCGCCGCGAUAAGCGACACGACCAAGCCCACCCACGUCAUCAUGGCCUCCACCGUGCACUGUUUGUUCUGCUUUGAGGCUCUAGCCGCCCACCUUGAGAAACGCAAAUCCAUGACCCUUGCCGAGGUGCACAAGUCGUGGGCCGAGUACUCCCGCUCCGUCGAAGAUGACAGCACCGGAGACGUUCCCGCCGACAGCAGCAAGCUAUCCAAGCGCCUACCCGCGCUCCGCCGCGUGACCGAAGACUCCUCUUCCUCAGGCACCUCCUCCGCCUCCAACAGCACGCUCUCCCUCGGCGCCGACACCCCGGCAACCUCCACCUCAUCCAUCCCCGCCACAGGCGAGGAGGAAGAAGAAGAAGAAAACGACGGCCCCACACCGCCCACGGAAUCCCCGCUCUUCGUGACGUGGAACACGGUAUCGGAGCGGGGCGGCGAGCACGCGCUGCGGGGUUGCAUCGGGACGUUCGAGGCGCAGGAGCUGGACUCCGGCCUGUCGUCGUACGCGGUGAUCUCGGCGACGCAGGACACGCGGUUCCACGCGGUGCGCGCGGCCGAGCUGCCGUCGCUGGCCGUCGCCGUCACCCUGCUGACCGACUUCGAGCCCGCCGCCGACCCCGCCGACUGGGAGCUCGGCACCCACGGCCUGCGCAUCUCGUUCCACCACCACGGCCGCCGCUACGGCGCCACCUACCUGCCUGAUGUUGCUGUGGAGCAGGGCUGGACCAAGGAGGAGACGCUGGUGAGCUUGAUGCGCAAGGCUGGCUGGGUUGGAAGGAAGGAUAGGUGGGCCGAGAUUAAGCUCGAUGUUGUGCGCUACCAGGGGAAGAAGGUGAGCUUGGAGUAUGCCGAGUUUAAGAGGUGGCGGGAUUGGGUGGACGGGGUUGAGGAGUGAUGGCGGGGCGGUGUUCUCAACGGGGUUGGAGGGGAUGGAGUUGUCGGCUUAGAGGGUUUAGAGGAGGCAUCCGGGGAGUAGGGGUGGGGUGGCGGUUCAUGGUAAUACACGGUUCUGGUUUGAGGAGUACGGUUUGGGUAAAGGGUUAAAUGGUAAGUUUGGGUUGGGCUUGAGGUAAACGGCUGCUCGAGUCCGGAAUGGUUGGGACCAGGGGAAUUGGGCUUGUGAGCGCAUACCUCGUUUUCAGAGGCCCAUGCCCAUCGCCCGCGGCUAACAAGUUCCCACAGGAAGGAUCUCAUCUCAUGUUUUUUUACCUCCCGUGCUUUAGAAUUCCAUAAUACAGGGCGAUAGAGCCAGAAGUUUCAAGAUUG